AUGGCCAACGCCAGUAAUGAGCAGCAUAACAACACGGAACCCCAUCUGUCAGAGACAACGCCGCUCCUCCAUGCGAGUCGUGGCCGCGAUGUAGAGUCACUACGCUCCUCUCGUAACCUCAACCACCAUCUAGCCCUACACUCAACCUACGACGGUGACGACACACCCUACAGGGACUAUGCCACUAUUGACUGGCUUCAUGACUUGGUCAAAGACAACACGCGCCACGGCAUACGAGACGCCAAAGUUCGACGCGUAAAUACAACUUGGGUGCGAAUAGCCAAAGCUUGGGAUUCAGCAUCCGGUUGGGUGGCAGCCUUCCUCGUCGGCCUCAUAACCGCCUGUGUUGCCUUUGUCGUCGAUGUCAGCGUCGAGACCGUCGCAGAUUGGAAAGACGGCUAUUGCACUUCAAACAUUUGGCAGAAUCGGCGAGCCUGUUGCGCUGCCCAUGGAGACUGCACGGCUUGGAAACCGUGGUCACAAAGCUUCCCUUCGGCAUAUCUGAUAUAUGUCGCAUUUGCCCUGCUAUUCGGUGUCAUUGCGGCCGGCGUCACAACAACAACAAAGAUGCGCUUGCCCCCGGUCGUGGACCUGAAUGUUGCUGACGCCAAUGACAAGAACGGUAGCCAGGACACAUCACCGAUCGACAGGCCACAGGGCAAGAUGAUGUACAUGGCCGCCGGUAGCGGAAUACCCGAGAUCAAGACAAUACUCUGUGGCUUCGUCAUCCCGCACUACCUUACGUUUAAAGUGCUCGCCGUCAAGGCCAUCGGUGCAACCUUUGCGGUGGCUACUGGAAUGUGUCUGGGCAAGGAGGGUCCCUUUGUUCACAUCUCAACAUGCGUAGGAUACCUGGUUGCGAAGCAUAUACCCAAGUAUGCACAAAAUCAGCGCAAGAUGAGAGAAAUGCUCAGCGUGGCUUGUUCCGCCGGCCUGUCUGUCGCCUUUGGUGCCCCCAUUGGCGGUGUUCUUUUCAGUUACGAAGAAAUAAGCACCUACUUCCCACGGCGUGUGCUUUGGAGGUCAUUCCUGUGCUCUCUCGUGGCUGCCGCCACACUCAAAGCUCUGGAUCCUACGGGGACUGGAAAACUGGUGCUAUUUGAAACCAAAUACGGCGUCGAUUACGAUGUCGUCCACUACUUUGUCUUCAUUUUUCUGGGCAUCUGUGGUGGAGUAUUCGGUGGCGUCUUCUGCAGCACGAAUUUUUUGUGGUCCAAGACAUUUCGAAAGCAGCCCUGGAUCAAGAACAGCCCGGUUAUAGAAGUCUGUAUCGUCGUCUUCAUCACGGCUAUUUUACAGUAUCCCAACCCUCUCAUCCGUGAGACGGGGGACAUCAUCAUGGAACGUUUAUUGGUUGACUGCAACGACAUCAAGGAAGAUUGGAUUUGCGAACAAGAAGCAAAGAUGCAUGGAAAAGGCUUAUACUACGCAUGGCUCAUUUCGGGUACAUUUAUCAAACUCACAUUAACAAUUAUUACCUUUGGCUGCAAAGUACCAUCUGGCAUCAUUAUCCCUGCGCUGGAUGCUGGCGCGCUAUUCGGCAGAAUGGUUGGCCAGCUCGUCCCUGACAUCUCACCUGGAAUCUUCGCCAUGGUUGGGUCGGCUGCAUUUCUUGCCGGCGUCAGCAGAAUGACUGUGAGUUUGGCCGUCAUCAUGUUUGAACUCACAGGUGAAGUCAACUUCAUUCCACCUUUUAUGGUCGCCAUUCUCACGGCAAAAUGGGUUGCAGACUCUAUCAGUGCAGACGGGGUUUACGAUUUGUCUCAGCACGUCAUGGGCCACCCGUUUCUAGAUUCGGAGCAAGCUGUUGUCAAAUUGAGAGCUUUAAAAGAUGGUGAAGAAUCUCCGGACUUGGAUGUCUUGAUACCUCCCAAAAGAGUCAUGGAGCAAAUUAUUCUACCCACGGAGCCCAACAACCAGAUCAUGAUAUCCGACCUUCGGGCGAAACUGAACGGUCUGUUGUCCGGAGGAAUGUUUGACAUUGGGUUGAUCAUUGUAAACGAGCAGGGGAUCUGCAUCGGCUAUAUUCCAGAAAGCAGCAUUGCCCCUGUGUUGCAUUUAAUCGGACAACAGGAGCUGGAAGGAAACGAUUUAAUCAGUUUCGCAGACGACAACUUCGAGCGAUUAGUAGACCGCAGUUCCUUGAACAUUUCAACAAGGGCGCCUCUAGAGUAUGCGGUAGAAAUGUUUGGCAACUUGGGCCUGAGCCACUUGGUAGUUGUCGAUGAAGACACGGCCAAGGCGGUCGGAGUGAUUGGAAAGAAGCGUCUUUUGAGUUUCCUUGGCCACCUGGAGUAG